AUGCGCACCAUCUUCAAGCGCUGCGUCGUCUGCCCGACCGAGGCGCCCCGGUGUCCCGACGAAUGCUCCGGCAGCAACAGCAACAACUGCGUCCAGACGACGCAGACGUGCGACGCCUGCCCCCAGACCAAGUGCAUGAACAUCGAUCCCCAGGGCAGCGGCACCAGCUCGGCCAAGCCAAACGUCGGAGCCAUCGCCGGCGGCGUCAUCGGCGGCGUUGCCUUCAUCGCCGUCUUGGUCUUCGUCGUCUGGAAGUUCUGCCUCAAGGGCAAGCGACGCUCGUGGGUCGAGGAGCAGGCAUGGAGCGACGGCAUGGACAUGUCGUCCUCGCAAGAGAAGGCGCAGAACGACUUUGCGUCGCGCCGGAGCACCAGGGCAUCCACGCACACGGUGGCCUCGAUGGCCUCUUCCGUCCUCACCCGCGCUUCCAACAUCAUCCAGAUCGCCUACAUCCCCGGCGUCACCAACCGCUCCGGUCCUCAAUCCCCAGAUCUGCUGGUCCCGCCCGUCCCUCCCAUCCCUGCCAUGUCUCCAUCCUCGGGCCUCAGCAGCCCGUACACAGCCUCCGAGCAGCACUUUUUCGUGCCAGACUUCCGCGACUCCAUGGCGUCUGGAUCCACCGACGUGCGCAGCAGCUACGCCCGCACCAGCAUUGCACCCAGUCUCGCACGCGCCAGUGUUGCUUCGACCGUCUACCGCCAAAACGCCAUCGUCUCCCCUCUCCCCGCCCAGACCAUUGUGCGGGGCAAGGCCGCUGUCGUCAGUGUCAAGUCGAGCGGCUCCAACAGCCCGGCAGAGACGCCCAUGGCAGAGACGCCGCCUAUCCCUCAGAUCGACCCCAAACACACCGUCAAGCCCAUUCGCAUUCAAAUGCCACGACAGGGCAGCGCUGCUUCGUCGUUGAGCCCUCAGAACUCUGUGCGCAGCACUGCCCAGCUUGGCCCUGUGCGCGCACUCAACAUUACCAAGAAGAAGGCAUCCGACGUCACCCCUCCCAAGAGCUCCUCCUCCAACAAGAGCAACCUCACAGGCUCCACCGCCAUAUCCGACAACCAAGUGCAGACCAUGCGCCCUCUCACCGAAUACUCCGUCACCUCUUCCGACGACGGUCUCGCACACGCUCGCGCCCGGAAAUCUGGACUCAUAGAUUCCGACUCGGACUCUGAUGAUGAUGACCACGCACGCGCGCGUCAAAGCUUACUGCGCGACAGCGCUCUUGUCAGCGAGUUCUCAGAUGGGCAGUCGAUUGCCGAUCUGCGAUCUCCCUUCUCCGACUACGCUGCCACUGACCGCCCCACUGCACCCCAAAGGCAGACGUCGCGGUCCAGCAGACUGCAGGCAGCGCCAAUGACCCCCAUUGUCGAAGAGUCUGGGAAGCGACACAGCGCCGCAUCCAAGAGGACGCAAAGCCCCUUCUCAGAUGACCACCGGAGCGAUCUCUGA